AUGUUCUCUCUCCGCUUUGCCAGACCAGCCUUCAGGGCCGGAGCCACCGCUCUCCGCGCUCCUCUGUCCCAGAGAACCUACGCCACGGCCGUUGCAGACAAGCUAAAGCUGUCUCUUGUCUUGCCCAAGGAGUCCCUAUCUCCAACCUAUAACCGUGACGAAACUACGAAAAAACAGCAUAAGCUAAUCGAAUAUUUCCACCUCUUUAGCGUCCAGGUCAACAUUGCCGCCGAGUCCGGUGACAUGGGUAUCCUCUCCAGCCACGUUCCCAGCAUCGAACAAUUGAAACCCGGUCUCAUCGAGAUCAUCGAGGAGGGUGGUCAGACUAAGAAGUUCUUCCUUGCUGGUGGAUUCGCCGUUAUGCAGCCAGACUCCAACCUCAACAUCAACGCUGUUGAGGGUUUCGCUCUUGAUGCUUUCAGCGUUGAUGCCGUCAAGUCCCAGCUGGCUGAGGCCCAGAGACUCGCCUCCGGUACUGGAAGUGAGAAGGAAAUCGCUGAGGCCAAGAUCCAGGUAGAGGUGCGUUACAAUCCGUGUACCCGUUGUUUUUCAUUCUACCCUGUUAUGCAAUGGAUAUGUACUAACAUGAUUCUUUCACCCGCGUCAGGUCCUCGAGAGUCUCCAAGCUUCUUUGAAAUGAUAGAGUUGUAG